AGGAGAUGGUGUAAACGCCUUGCAGUGGCUGACAACUUCGGCUCCGUUUUGGCAUUCAUAGCAUCCCGUUAUGGACUCAAAUAUGAUCGAGCAAGUUUCACCAGAAGUGGUCCCGCCAUGCCAAUUGGAUCGUACACUGAGUUUAUCUGACUGACGAUAUCGCGUUUUGUGAGCUUUUCUUUGGACGGGAUGUCUACUCUCAAAGCGGAUGGCUUGGUUGACAAGCUGCGAGUUGGAAAUGUACUCGCAGUUCGACACAUCAUGUCUUCUGACUCUACGACGCUAUUUAUCAAUAGGUCUUCGGAUAACCAUGCCCCUGCAUUGGCGGAGAACUCUCUAUCUUCUCCGUUGAUUUCACCUUUCAUUGCUGCAUCGCUAGGUGUCGAUACCGUUUCGGUCGUCGAACUGCUUAUCCAGCUUGUCUACCAAGAUCUGGAGUGCGUCUCUGCUCUCCCUGAUGAGCUCAAUUCCUCCGCUGAUCAGGUCUGCAGCAUUGUAAAGCUCAUCGAGCUGUUUGGUCUCGUUUCCGCUGGUCGAGACUCCUUCAGAGUAACCUCUGUACUUUUCCACCAAGGUACCCAAGGAUUUAGCACUGUAUGCUAUUGGUUUUUUGUGUAAUGUAAAUGCCAUUAUCACUUUUUGCUUUUUUUUUCGGCUUAAGUGCUUUGCUUUCGCUUUAACUUACAGCCUACUUUAUUGUAGCGUAUGUGUUGCCAGGUAUGAUAGCCUGGGCUUUUUCUUGCUAGGUAUGAUGUCCUAGUCUUUAUUGCCAGGGAAAUGCUGGACUUGUGCU